GAUACCCUGGCAGCUGGCUAGCGGACCAGAGUGGGUUUUGUUCUGGGAUAACCGCUUACGUGACUGGCCAACGCAACGGCUCAAUGAUAGCCCAGACGCCCGACUCAGGAGAGAGGGGGCUCUUGGGAGUUGGAGAAGAUUGAGAAGUUAUUUAAUCAAUCUUUCACAGCUUGGGGGUGGAAAUAGGUCAAUAAAAUACCCAUGAAAGAUACAAGUCGUCAAGCAUCGCACGCGGGAUGUUGUUUUUCGGUACACUGGCCUUUUGCCAUUUCCCUCCUGUAAGGCUGGAGUUCAGUCAGUUGGUUUUAGUUAGCCGACCACUAAGUUAGUGACAGCCUGGGAUGAGACCAACCCCAACGCGAAUAAACUCGUAUGAAACACCUCAUUCUUACAAUAAUAGACCUUGGAAUCGAGGACAGGUAAAUAACUGUCCAAAUUCGCUCUGCCUUGCCGGUUAUCUCGACGGGGUCUGCUCUCCACACCUGUAUACGGAGUACUGUACAUGUACUCUCUGUGAGCGCUGUGUCGUGUUGUUUGUUGUCCAAGGACGCCUUGCCCCAAUCAAACGUAUGUACAUACAGUACCUCGACCACAACCUCACCUCCUCGACUCCGCCUUCUGUACCCUAUAACCCCGUUUGGCGGCUGCUGUCGCUACUCUUUCCCCUCCAUUCUCUGUCCAACCUCUGCUAAUGACUGUCACGCUGUAGCUUGUCGCUGGUUCGGGUACACGGACCGACGAGGCUUCCGGAGUCGGUUUCCAUUCCCCUCAUUCAACCAGCCAAAACAACCCACAUGGUCGUGGAUUCAAUCUUUCCGUUUAGCCAGGCCCCUUAUUUUAUCAACAGUUGCUUCUGGCCUAGAUCUUAGUCACAUUGCGGGUGGGAUUGCAGGUUAAUCUCUCUUUACUUCCCAAAAAUGGCAUACCCACAGAACGGCCAGCAACAUCAACAUUACCAUGGCCUCCCAGCGACUCCUUUGCCGCAACAUCACCAUCACCCGCAGCAGCAGCAACAACAACAUCCACAGUCGCCGCCCCUUCAGUACCCUGCGCAGUAUGCACAAACGCCUCCACUAGCUAGCCAGCAGACUGCAAACCCAUUGCGACGGAACGCAAGCUUCGACGCGGGCGAUGAUCGGAACUACUUCGAUGAUGGUCGUCAACGCACGGGUGCCAACCCUAGCUAUCCGGGGCAAGCAGGUCAUGGUGGUGGAUAUGCCGGUUAUUCGAGCGGAGGCGUGAACAGUAAUGCGACGAAUAAUCUGGGAUCAAGGAAUUCGCAGUUCUCCGUGGGAAGUUCACGGCAUUCCUUGGUCAGCCAGGCUUCAUCGCAAGGGUCGUCUGCUUUGUCAGGUUAUCAACAUCAAUAUCAACCCCCUGCUUCAACUGCUGCUGCCCAACCUUCCUAUAACCCCGUGCAGUUUGCGUAUCCCACUCCGCCAGCUCACUCUCAACCGGGAUAUAAUCCACAGGCGUUCGCUGCUGCGGGUACUGCCACGAGCACUGCGAAUACGGCGUACAAUAGCCAGGCCUACCAGCAUUAUAAUCCUGCAGCAUAUCAGACGCCGCCAUCAGCCACUUAUCAUGCCUCUCCCACUCCCUCAUGGCAAGCCUCAACGCCCGGCCAGUCGUAUGGCUUCUCUCCGCAGUCCCAAUACCAGUUUUCUCACCCUACGACUCAGCAUCCACAAGUACCGCCCCCGCCUCCUCCACGAGCAAAUGAGAACACAUAUAAUGCGUAUUCAACGCCGCAAUACGUGGACUCCUCCCCACGUCCAACGUACGGCUAUUCUCCCAAUCUCCCCCAGUCAACCUCGUCCGUAUCUCGCAUCAGUUCACAAUCAACAUACACAGCUGCACCUACAUCAUCCCAGGCUGUUUUUAACGUGGAGACAUACGGUGUGGAUGGAUCUGCCUCUGGCCUUCCGGGGAGGCAGUACUCUCAGAGCUCUCACCCUCCUUCCUCGUCUCCUAACCCGCCUCCACAUGGCACAAUUCCGCAUGAAUCGUCCCCUCAGCCAUCCUCCUAUGCCUCUUUUGAUUACAGAUCACCUAUAGGCCUUCAAACAAGCAACGCGGUUCCGACCCCUCCUCUUCACCAGUCACACCAAACUUCACCCAGGAGAACUGACACGCUCAAUCGACAUCCACAGUCGAGGCCAUUACCUGGACCGCCACAGCAAGCUGCGCUAUCCAGAGCAGAUGGCCGGGAGGGGUUUGAACCAAAUUCUGACGAUCCCAUGAAGCAAGCUGGAGGUCCAGUUACAGAAAACCAGCAAUCGCUCUCCACUUCACCGCACGUUCGUGAAUCUCCAGAUACAUACCAUUCACACACGAACGGCCAUGGACACAUCACUAACGCAGGCCCCGGGUUUAAUAUUAACUAUGAUGCACAUAGUGACGAUGAAGACGCCGAGGCUGCUGCCGGCCUGGCAGCCCUACAAAUGGCAGAAGAAGAGGACGCGUUAUUCAAUGCUCAACAGACCACGAAUUCGUCGGCCAUGAGCGGCUUCGGCCCUCCCUCUGGUCCGCCGCCUGCUAUUCCAGCCCCUACAACCCAGGUGGAAUCAAGUAGCGAUAGUGAUUACGCUCAACAUGAUAUGGGACUGUAUGGGGGAGGUUACGAUGCCCAUCUGCACUAUGGUGAUAACCCGAGCAUUAGCUCAGGUACUGACCAAAUGGUCACUACUUCUGGCUCAUUACGAAGCUCAGAUAGGUCCACUGACGACCGGGGAACACAUUCAGAUAGCUAUGAUUACCCCAACAUUGAUCAAGACUCCAUUCAUCCGUUCCCAUCCCAUAGUACCCCAGCACGAGUGGAUGGUAUCUCUACUGGAGGUCUGUCAGAAACCACCAUGGAGAACAGAAGGAUGAGCUUUGACCAUGGGGAUGAGGUCUCCAUGAACCGAUCAACCACAAGGCCGAUAUCAUUCAGCGAUACUACGGACAAGGGCGAACCACAGGAUUUAUUUUUCCACCCAGGAAUGUCUUCCCGACCUCUGCCUCCUGCGCCUGUUCCUGCAGCGAGCAAUCUCAUCCCACACCUCAUGCCUGCUGGUACCUAUCGGAGCCGCGAUCCCAUUCCGCAACCAUAUAAUAGUGCCUAUUCACAACCUCCCUACACAUCCACUCCAGAUGAGUUUGUUUCACCCCCAUCGGCGGUUCCACGAUCGACAUCUCUUUCAACUCAUACGAAUAGUCCUCGCCCUGAUCUUAUUAUCAGGUCGAAAACGGAUGCAGACCGGAUUAAACUCAGGCAAGGUACUUAUGAAACACCAACUUCGACACCUGUCACACUGGAUCUGCCCACCAUCCCUUCUGGAAGACGGAAUAAAUUUAACCCUACGAAAUUGUCUACGGAGCAAUUCCGAAAAUGCACUGAACCUUGGGCACUUAGCGCCAUAGUCGCGUGGAUAAAGGAAUUGAGCGAAGAUGAGACUGAUUUAAAGAAACAAACCGUGAUUGAUGCCAUUGUCGCCUUAUUUACUCAUAAAGUCCCAACAAUGAACACAAUUGAUGCAGAAGUUCUGGGUGACAGGGUAGUAAAAAAUAUGUUGAACGAAGGCGUGCUAAUUAAAGAUGAAGAAUGGGUUAAAUUUGGACCUGGAACACUAUCGGGUGUUUUUUGGCAGAUUAGCGGCCAAGGCUGCUACUCGUCCCGUCUACACUUGCAAGAAGGCGAGUAUGUUGGUCGCUGCUAUUCACAUCAUUGUAUGCGAACCUUGAAGAAGGUCAAUCUUCAAGCACAGGCUAUGGAGCCGGAGAAAAAAGCUGAAGACUGGGCAACAUUUUACAAAGUGGGCAAGGAAGUAUUUGAUACUCAUUCCAAGAAGGAAAUCGAUCGGCAGAACAUCCUUCACGAGAUUGUCACAACCGAGGAUUCCUAUAUUGGACAGUUGGACGUCUUACGAACUUUGUAUCGUGAUCAACUCACAGAAUUUGAUCCACCGGUGAUUAACCCAAAACGCCUCAACAAGUUCUUAGAUGAGGUCUUUGGAAAGGUCGAUGCCGUCAAGAAGGUCAAUGAAGACCAUUUACUUGCCCAAUUAAAAUAUCGACAAAAGGAACAAGGUCCAUUUAUUUUUGGGUUCAGUGACAUUUUCCGUGAAUGGAUUCGACGAGCUAAAGCUGCUUAUAUUGAUUACGCAGCGACCUUCCCGAAUGCAAAUUACCUCGUCCGGAGAGAGGCUGAAACAAACAUGAUGUUUAGGCAAUUUUUGAACCAAGCCCGAGACAACAAGUUGUCCAACCGAUUGAGCUGGGAUACGUACUUGAAGGCUCCGAUCACACGGAUUCAACGAUAUGUGCUCUUGUUAAACACCGUAUUAAAGAGCAUGGACAAAAACUCUGAAGAAAAAUCCAAUUUAAUGCAAGCUAUAGAGGAAAUAAAGACUGUUGCUGCAGAAUGCGACACGAAAGUCGGAGAUAUGGCAAAGACCGUGAGUCUGAAGGAGUUAGGAUUGAAACUUCAGUUUAGGCCUGAAGUGAAACAGGAAUUCGAACUUAAUCUUGAACAUUUAGAGAUUAUUUUCCAAGGAGAUCUACAGCGUCCGCGGACAAAACGGUUUAAUUGGGUUGAUAUACGUGCUAUCUUGUUCGAUCGAUAUUUAAUUCUUGCGAAAAUUGUUUUCACUCGAGAUGCGGCACGGAAGGAGAUCUACGACGUCUCCAAGUUUCCGAUACCAAUGGAUCUUCUAAUGCUUGAGAGCACCAAUGAUGACCCUGUUAUGAAAUCUUCGGUCAGGGGAAUAACAGCAGUUUCAGCACCCGCUGGUAGACUAGCUACGCCGGGGGAUCGGGGUAGCCCUACACCUGGGAAUCUAUCCCACGUUUCUACGAACUCUUCCACCACCUCUACCAAUUCAUCCGCGUCCAAUAAAACACUCGUUCCAGUCGCAGUGCUUGAAAACCCUAGGGAUGACAAGAUUUUAUACCCAUUUAGAAUCAAACAUCUUGGUCAGCCAGACGUGUACACACUCUACGCACCCACAGCACAAAAUCGACAAGAAUGGUGUGAAAAGAUUAUCGAAGCGAAAAUAAAGCAUGCCAAAUCUCUACAUGCUCAAAAUGCAGAGCCUUUCAAGCUUCGUGUGCUUUCAGACUCUGCGUUUGCAUAUCCAGAGCAUGCAGUUGCGCCCAAGACCGCCUUAAUUACAGGCACGCCGUUGGAUCGAGCCAUACGUGAAGUCGAAGCCAGGUAUGAAGGAAGUCUGUCGCGGCCAUUGCCAGUCUGCAGAGCUUCUGUCAACUGCGCUACCGUCUUUCAGCAACCACAUGGACGAUUGAUGUGUGCAGUUGGAACGGACUACGGCGUGUACAUCUCUGAGUACAACAACCCUAGAGGUUGGACUAAGGCGAUCCCGACAACUCGAGUAACGCAGAUUGCCGUUUUCGAAGAGUUCAAUUUGUUCCUGCUUAUUGCGGACAAGUCUUUGAUCGCUCACCACCUCGACGUGGUAUGUCCACCAAGCGGGGUACCUACGCAAAGCGACUCUCAAAGACGUGCGCCUCAAAAGUUGUCCGGUAACAGAGAAGUUGGAUUUUUUGUUGCUGGCCGGAUGAAGGAUAGGGCUCUUGUGAUUUACAAGAAGCGUGAUGGAAUCACUUCCACUUUCAAGGCUCUGGAACCCAUUCUACAGAAAUCCUCCUCGUCACGCCCGCGAUUCAUGCCUACGCGCCGCGGCCAUACCGAGUUUUUCCGCGACUAUGACGAGUUCUAUAUCCCAGCAGACAGCUAUAGUAUCAAUCUUUUCCAUUCAUCUCUCGCCAUUUCGACAUCCCGUGGCGUCGAGGUACUCACUCUGGACAAGAAGCAGCCUUGGUCUGUUCCAAACCUUCGCGCCAGCUCGCCAGAACACCAGCCAGCCCUCAACCAAAUCGGCAACCGAAUUAACAAUCUCCGACCUUUGGGCAUGUUUCGCCUCAGCGACAGAGACUUCCUCGUGGUCUUUGUUGAUUGCGCUGUCUACGUCGACAAAUAUGGAGACGUUAACCGUGCAGUAAUUAUGCAAUUCCUCGGCCGCGCCGUAUCAGCAUGUCUUUACGGAAAAUUCCUCAUACUUGUCAACGAAGAUUUUGUCGAAGUGCGCAACGCUGUGAACGGGCGACUUAGACAAGUCAUUGCCGGUCGUAAUGUAACCCUCCUUGACGACGCUGGGAACGGGUCUAGCGGCUUUGGCAACCCUUCGCCAGCCAAUUUUAACGAGGCGGCCGCGGUAAAUCCACUGAGUGGACAGAAUGGUCUAGGUCUCUCGACAGCACUUUCAACCGCGGGUCGGACUGUUAAGAUUUGUAUGCAGCACCCCGAACACGAACGCAGUCAGAUCGUAGUGGAGCUACUAGAAAAUCAAGGGUUAAAGGAAUGAUACCGUGUCCGACUUUCAUCUCUUAUUUUUUUGAUUUUCCGGCUAUACCUUUUAUAUCUCUCUUUUGACUUUCUGUUGACCCUUUUCGACUUUAUUCUCGCUUUACCUGCUCUAGAGGUUCAAUCUUUUUACUUCUUCAUUUUGGAUUUAUGAUGGAUGAUUUUAUAAUCUGUUUUGCUACCUUCUCUUUCAUAUUUCUCUAAUGUUCCCCAUUUUUCACAACGAUGAUUUUCUUUUCUUCCGUUUUUAUUCCCUAUUCCCCAAUUGUUUUCCUUUUUUCUUUCCUUGUUUUAUGCCUCCAAUCCUUCAUCUUUUGCAUUUCUUCCAAAUCUCAUUGUACAUUGUUUCUUCCACGACUUCAAUUUCUAUACAUCCAUUUUGGUUCUUCUCCAUUAUUUACUUCUCUUCUUACGCCGAUUUAUGUUUCUGAUGGCUUUUCUUCCCUCACAUUCCCGUUGACCAAGUAGUUUUGAGCAUCAAGGUUAUUUAUUUUAUGAUUGAUUAUGUUUUACCUUUCAAAAUGAUGCGGGAGAUUACAUUUCAGCUAUUGACUUUCAUAUAUUAGGUAUCUUGGCGCUAGAUACACGGGUGCCCAUUAACACGUUACAUUCUGGAAGUAUGACUUACGAAUGACAACUUUUGUUUCUACUUUAUUUAGCUGUGUUUCCUCAUCACUUGGGAAAGUAGAUUACCCACCAUUGAAGACACCUGCGUUGUUCUAGAGUGCGCUAGAUUCCUCCCAUCCACGACACAUUCGCGACGUCGACAAUCUGCCGAAGCGCGACUGUGCAAAUUUUUAGGUAUAUGAGACUGCCCGUAGGACGGCUUUGUCCUAUAGUUCAACCCCAAUCUCUAGGGUUGCGAUGGUAUCAAUCCCAACCGUUUUCGCAAUUUUAGAUCAUUGCCCGUCGUUUUGAUCUACCACAACAUCUUUUUAAAACACACCAACGCCAUGGCAAGAUGAUGCCCUCAUCUCUAGAGUCUAAUGGUGUCACCCGCUUGCGGAGCGAAAGGUGAGGCAACAGCAUAACAUGAGCUUCUACCCCUUCGUUUAUAUGGUCUCUACAUAGCUAUAGACAGGCAUAUAGAGCCCCCCCUCCGGUGGUGACUGGAUUUUAAGAUAAGGGUGUCCAAAAAAACAUUCAUAUAUUCUAGGCAUUCACGACCUUGCUUAACUCCCCGCUCAUUUGGUGGUCAUGGCUGCUGGCUCAGUUCAUCACAUUUAUCAUGUGUUAAGUUACAUUGUAGCAUAAAGAAUCUACCGACGCUCUAUAGUUACAUGUAUUAUUAAUUCACCAGUCCUCUACCCUGGUAGCCUGCGACACCUUUAUAUUUAAUGUCCAUGAUCUAGCUAUUGAAGGAAGUGCUCUUGUUGCUCUACUUGUGUCAAUGUGUUUAGCAAAUAAAUAAUCACCUUCGAGCAUGGAUUGCAGUGGCGAAUUAUGAGAUCAAUUCAAAGAACAACUAUUACAUUAAUAACAAUAAAAGAUGCGAUAAUUCCAUGGUGUGCCAGGGAAAUCGGUCAGUGUAACAAGACACCACCAAAGAUAGUUGACGACACGUGGGAAAUUAGAGCGUUUCGAACACAACAUAUGCAAUCUCAGGUGGGACUGUCUCAAGCAUAUCUACAUGAAUAUGUAGUCUUCUCACCUGCGAGUACAUCAUUUCAUCACACAACAAAAGAAGAAGGUCGGUGAAGGUUCAGUCCAAGUAUAACAGACUCGAUGAAGGAGAGGGUAUAUAAAGCUUCAAUUCCACCGCUGAGGAAGCUUCAAGGAGCCACAACAGAACAGACCCGGU